AUGGCUCCUUACCAGAUGCAGCCUCCUCCCGCAUGCCCAGCACUGUAUCUGUAUCCCCUCAACGACACAUUUGUCCCCAAACAAAUUGCACUUGGCGGUGGAGUGCGCGUGAAAAUCGGUCGUCAGACGAACGCAAAGACCGUUCCAGGCGAACGCAACGGAUACUUUGACUCCAAGGUCCUCUCGCGCCAACACGCAGAGGUCUGGGAGGAAAACGGCAAAAUAUACAUCAAAGACGUCAAGUCAUCCAAUGGUACUUUUAUUAAUGGUGACCGUCUCUCUGCCGAGUCGGUUGAAUCCGAGCCAUGUGAGCUCAAGUCUGAAGAUAUUGUCGAGUUUGGGAUCGAUAUUGUCGGCGAGGACAACAAGACUAUCAUCCACCACAAGGUCGCUACUCGUGUCUUUGUCGUAUUGACUCCCGAAGAUGCCCAGGCGGCUGCCAGAGAGCACCAUGCCCAUUUGCAACACCAGCAGCAAGCCCUGUUUGCUCAGCAGCAGCACCAACACCAGCAACACGCAGCCCAGCAAGCACAGGCCAUUGCGCGCAGACAACAGGGCCCUCUGAGCGGCAACAACACCCAGCUCGGUGGCCUCGGCGGUCUGGGUCAAGGCCAGGCUCGUCCCGGCUCCAAGGGCUUAUCGUUCGAUCAUAUUCUUAAUAAACUUCAAAUGGAGCUCCAGCGUUCCCGCGAGACGGGUCAAGAGCUACAGAGUCUCACUACCGCAAUGAACGACAUUCAAGAUACCAUGGGUGGGGGCACCAUCCCACCGCCACCACCCCAGCACCAGCUCAUUCCCCCCGUACGACAGCCCACUGCCGAAGCCGAUGUAUCCGCCAUGCAAACACAGCUGCGCGAGACCCAGUCUUCGCUCCAGGCUCAUGUCGACAAGAUUCGCGCCCUCGACCGACUCGUGGAGGAACACGAGGCUAUCAAGCGUGAAGUCGGCUCCAUGCGCGAGAUGCUUUCCCGAAACCGCUCUCCUCUCCAACUCGAGGAAGGAGAUCUCGGUGAACACGGCGGCAACUUGCUCGACUCGAGACAGGAAGAAUUCGACGAUGAUUCCGAUGCUCGAAGUGUGUGUACAAUUGUUCCUGAAGAGGAAGAACACGCUGCUGCUCGGUCUCUCGGGAGACCCAAGACUCCAGAGCCUAUGGCCAUGCUCGAUGACGCCCGCCAUCAACCGAGUCUCACCGAGGCUAUUCGGACGGCGGAACAGAACGCGCUGCACGCGGCCGAACAAAACGCAAUACUAUCCGAACGCCUCGAGGCACUCACCGCUCAACUCGAGCAGGCCAUCACCCUUUCCCAGGGCCUCCAGACCCACGCCGAACGCGCCUCGAGCACCAUUGCCGCACUCGAAGCCAAGGUGAUCGCGCUCGAAGAGGAACAACGCGCCGCUCGGGUUCUCGGUGGUCAGCUCGGGGUCAAGUCCGACAUCUCCGCGGAGAGCGAUAUCGCCCAACUCGUCAAGAGCGAGCUGAUGCGCGAGAUGGAGCAUCGCUGGGACGCCUGGCGCGCCAAGACGGAGGAAGAUCGCGAGGCCGACAAGCGGACGUUGGCCGCUGCGCUCGAGCAGUUCAAGGCGGUUGUAGACAACCAGGCAGCUUCAGGGAGCAAGCCUGAUUCAUCGGUGCGCGAAGAUCUUGAGGCAAUCAGGUCCCAGCUCGGUCAAGUUGAUACUCGGAUAAACCAGGUCGAAUCCCGUCCCGUCGAUUCCACGAUGGGUUCCCAACUCGAAAAGCUCUCGGCCCGCAUUGAAGAAGUCUCUUCCCGAAUCGAGCACAUCGAUAACCGGGUCGGUGACGUCGAUGCUCGCGUGGGCGAUCUGGACGGCUUGGUCAGCCAGGUUGGGAACCGUGUGACUAAUGUUGAAGACCAUGUCAGCGCCGAACUCGAGGGACUCAGACGAACCGAUCGUACCCGUGCCGACGCCGUCCGCGCCAUCUCCGGUCUUGCCUCUGAUUCCUCGACUUCGACUCUGGACGCCAUGCAGAGCGCCGGCCCUACCCUGGACGUCCGCAAACGUGUGCGCAAACGCUCGAGUCGGGGCUCGAGCGGGGAAGACAACUCGUCCCUGGCCUCGAGCAUGACCCGCGCGAGCUUCUCGACCCGUGCGACGAGUCCGUCUGAAGACGAGGGCGAGGAAGAGGACGAAACGAAACGAACGGUACUUUCCAAGUCGGUGGCGAGUUCUAAACCUGCGACGGCAUCUAGUACUACCCAGACCGAAUCCACAGACUCGACGCCGAGCGCCGGAACGGCCGUGGUAUCUAAACUCGGGCCAACGGGGAGCGUGAAGGACGUGGUGCGUAUUUUGUUGGGUGUGGUGGUGGGCAUCAUUCUAACCUCCAUCGGCGCCGGUCUCGUCGAAAAGCCCGCUCCAGUGUUGAGCGCUGCGGCGGUGGCUGUCGUCGCGAUUGGCGUAGGCGCGUGGAUGAUGACCCAUCGAGUCAAGGACUAG